AUGCUUGGAGAGGUAUCAGAGCGAAGGACCGCAGAAAAGGAUCUAAUCCAGGGCGAGCAGGCGGGGCUCCCAGCGUCUCUGCAGUCCCAGUCGGGCGUGUCCUGCGCGGUGCACCAACCGGAGCCACAUUCAAGUGUCUGCACCUCUGCGCCGGAACCGAAGGUCUCUCAGCGGCCGCGCCGUCCGCGGCAUCCCGCGCACCCUUUUCCUCAGGCUCCGGCCCCUUUGCCUCUCCUACCCUACCCCGCCUGCCGCGCGGAGGUGGCUCCUCCUCAGGUGGCCGGCCAGGGGCCUCCCCCAGCAGACCUGUCACCCGACACCCAGGAAGCGCGGCCCCAUCCCGGCUCCUCUUUGUUCCCCCGCGGGCUCCGCGCUCGGGCGCCGCCUCCUCCCGCCUCGCGCUGUGGAGGUUCGGGGCGUCCCUCUUGGCCCGACCCGGGUGCGGCCCAGGUUCCGUCCAUCUGGCCCGUUCUGAACCAGGGCCCUUUUUGCCUGGUUCCUCCCGUGUGGACUCCGUGCGGAGCUGGGAGGCGGCGGUGCUCUCAACUCCGAGCCGGCGCAGGUGAGGACCGAGUUUCCUGCGUUCUGCCGGACUUCGCAAAUCUCUUGAGGAUUAAAGCCCGAUUUUCCUCCUGGAGGCCAGGUGGCGGGUGUCUGCGCUACGCCCUUGGUUCUCUAGCGGGGUCACUGGGCUCCACCGAGUGCGCACCACCCUCUGCCAGCCCCGCAGUGAGCCCGACCGGUACCAAGUCGGCAGGUCUCCCAGCCUAGGCUGAACCUCCCAAGAAAUCUGUUCUGACCGUAGACCGAGCGCACCAAAGGAACGUUGCCCCACGUCCAGCGCUGAGCCGAGAGGGGCCAGAGCAUUUCCUGUGAGGCUCUUGUUUUGAAUCCUGGCCGCCAAGCUGCAGCCUCCUCCGCUGGUUUCUUUACCACUCAUCGUGGCCCCUUCAUGCCUUGGAGGCCCUGUCCCUGCUACUGGGGAGGGGGAAGUGGGC